UUCCAAGGCCUGGAACCCAGAUGGGUACCCUAACCAUGCGCACGAUGCCACUGGGCGGGUGGCUCUGGCGGGUCACGGGCAGCCAGGCCUCCCUCCAGUGGCCACUGCUCUCAGCUCAGGUCCCAGAGACCCCCGCCUUCUUUGCUCUCCCCACAAAGGGGGCCUGGCCAGAGUGCCCGCACCAGUCCAGCCGGCUCUGUCCCAGAGCAGGGCUGGUUUGAGGCCCCCACUGCUGCCAGAUGCCUGGGGAAGGCCGGUGGCUGGCGUCACUGCCGCCCUGGAGCUCUCGAUGCACGAGAUUUUCUUUACUCGAGGCAGCAUGUCUCUGAACCUGGAGCUUGCUGAGUGGCCUGGGCUGUGUUGCUUAACGGGUCCUUAACGGGCACGGUGCGGCCACCUGCCUGGGUUCUGCAUGGGUUUGGGGGGUGUGGGUUCAGGUCUCUGGUUAUCUGACAAGCACCUUCGCCUGAGCUAGCCUCCAGCCCUGUUUUAGACAUGUGGGUGCUGAGAACCAAACCCAGGUUCUGUGCAAGAGCUGCUCUGGCCAGCGAGCUGCCUUUCCUCCCCAGGCCGGGUCCCCUGCAGCCCAGGCUGCCUUGAACUCCAACCUGACAUGUAGCAAAGGAUGAUUCCCGGCCUCCCUGCCCUCGAUGGCAGGUAUGCGGCAGCUCCACCAUUUUUUUUUUUUUUAGUUGGGGCUGCAAUGCAUAGUCCAGGCUAGACUGGAAUUCAUGGCAAUUCCCUUGCCUCAGUCUCCUGGAUGCCAGGCAUCCCUCCCUCCAACAUUCUUCCUGGCUGGUCACUUCCGUCUGUCCAUCAGCACAGCGCGGUUGCCAAGAAUUCUCGCUCGGGAUGCAAGCCUCCUCACCUCCCGUUUCUCCCCAUUAUGACUUAGCCGUGUGUCCCCAGGAACUGCCCAUGGGAGACCUCUUGAGAACCAAGGUACAGCUCCCCUCUCUGCCUUCCGUUUCAUCUGACCUGGUCGGUCUCCCUCCCCCUGGUAUCGUCACCCUCCCUGAUCCCUCCUGGCUUUGCUCUCCCGGCCCGGCCCUUCUGCCUCUCUCAGCCUUUCCAUUUCCAGGCCUCCACCUGCUACUCUUCUGUGGCACUCAGGCCGUGUGGAAGUCACGGACAGAGUGAAGCCCACACCCCUUGCCCAGCUGUCCCGAAUACUGGGUGUGCACCCGGUGACUCAGACCGUGAAGCGGGAGGCAGUGCGGGUGCGCGUGGGCUUGGCUGUCCUGGAUGUGACAUCAAGCCCUCACGGCAGGAACAUCCACCCUGCCAGGGACACCCGAGAUGGGGAGAACCACAGCCCGGAGCGCCUCUCAGAACUAGGAUUUGAACCCGGUUCUCUCAGGGAGCGCUCAGGCUCCGCCCUCGUAGCUCCCACUGCGUUUAGAACCUCCCAGGGCUCCUCCAGGCUGUCCUGAGCACUCAGUCUAGAGCCACGCCGUCUACGCCACUCCUCUAUGCCCCGUCCUCCCCACAGUGGCCACCAGAGGACGGCCAUGAGCAGACUGCGCUGCCUGCAGCCCCCUAGGUGCCCACCCGGCCCUCUCCACCGUCCAGUCCCCACUCUGUCCCUCCCCCUGAGCGCUCUCCCCGGGCCCUCAGCAGGCCAGCUCUCUGCUUAGCAUGCACCCGGGCAGAGGGCUCCGGGCUGCGAAGGCCCCGGGGUCAGUGCGUAUGUCAGCGUCACUUCUGGGGAGGGAGGCAGGGACCCAGCCCUGACAGAUGGCCUGCAGGAGCCGUCCUAAUCCUUUUAGCUCAUCCCCUAAUGCGCCCAUACGUGGCUCCUUUCUAAAGGUGCCCCAGCCAUCGCGGGGGUCCAUGGAUGACAGAGAGGACUGGACCCCAUCCCCUCCGAUGUACGAGGAGUACCGGCCGCCCCCGCUGGACGCCAUUCGCCUGCCUCGCUAUGCCAUGUACCUGCUGAUGGCCGCCAUCCUGGUGGUGGCCGUGGCCUAUGCCAUAGUUGGCCACCUCAUCAAAGACCUAGCUCACGACCUGGCUGACUGGGCCUUUGGCCCCAAGCCCGACCAGGAGGAAGGUCCCCGAGAGCUGCGGGCCAGCCUGGCCGCGGAGGACCUGGAAGAGCUGGACCUUCAGCUGGCCCUGGCCUGGCGCGGGGAGGAGGACCCUGCCCGCGCUCCCCGACGCCCCUCCAUCGCCUUCAAGGAACCGCCCGUGCAAACCAACUUUUGGAAGCUGGGCUGACCUGGAGGGACAGCCCCUGAGACUCUGCUGGGCAGAGCGGUUUCCACGGGCCCUGUGUCCCCACAGACAUGUGUGGCCCAUGACACAGGGUUUGGCCGUCCUGAAACUCACAAUUCUCCUGCCUCAGCUUAAGUGCUGGGUUGCAGACUCCACCCUCACUUUAUUAGGACUUGUAGAUAGGAUCUUAUGUAGUCCAGGCUAACCUCGAAUUGAUGUAUAGUAGAACUUGAACUUGAACUUGAACUUCUGAUCCUCCUGUCUCCACCUCCUGACAGGUGUGCCCCGCCCCCCCAGCUUUUGUGGCAUUGGGAAUGGAGCUCAGCGCCUCCAACAGGCUGGGCCUGACAUUAUCUCCUUUUAGGUUUUUUAUGGCAGGGUUCCUCUGUUUAACAACCCUGGCCAUCCUGACGCUAACAGACAUCUGCCUGCAACAUUGGUUCUUCAUUAUGUAAUUCCUCACACAGACUCCUGCCCCAGGGGUGUUUGCUGAGAGGAGGAGAGACUGCAGCCAGACUCACAUACAGAUUAGAAGUUUGAGCAUCCAACAGCUGCCAUCUCCCUGUCUCCCUGCCCCCCCCACCCACAUAACCUUCCUGGGUGCCUCCAGGGAGCCUAGCAGCACAGAUGGGAAACCGAGGCAGGCCGCUGAAGAAUGUCUAGGCAAAGUCUCACAGGAGACUUGUCAUACCCAGCACAGAACUAUGCAUUAGGGUCCUGUCCCCCUCAGACUUCAGAAGGCUGAGGCAGGAGAAUGGCAAAUUCCAGGCCAGCCUCAGUUAGGGAGCAAAAGGAGCCACGUGGGGGUGAAGCCCCUGGGCUGUGAGACAUGGCCCAGUCAGUCAUUCCUCGGCGGCCCACCUCGGCUGGCAGGCCUGUCAGUGUGGGCGCCUGAUGGCCUAGGAGGACACGUAUACAGUAGGAGCUUAACCUAGGCCUGCCUGACAGGUUGAAGCAGGUCCUUGCUGACUCUGCUCAGCGUUCACCUGAAGGGUCUGUCUGUGGUGGCAUCUGGAGGGCGGGGCUCUAUAACCAUCCGCACAACGGUUUUCAAACUGUUAGUCUGGCUGCCCUUAACCUGAGUUCUGAGUUCAAUUCCCAGCAACCCCAGGGUGGCUCACAACCAUCUACAGUGAGAUCUGGUGCCCUCUUCUGACGUGCAGGCAGAAUGCUGUGUAAAUAAUAAAUAAAUAAAUCUUUAAAAAAAAAACAAACCUUUUAGUUUAUGAUUAUUCUAAAAAAUGAGUCAAGCCGGGUGAGGUAAUAUCCUUCAUCCAAGUACUCAGGAGGCAGAGGCAGGAGGAUCUCCAUGAGCCAGCCUGGUCUACUGAGUGAGUUCCAGGAUAGCUCCGGCUGUUGCCAAACAAACAAAGAAACGAAUGAAAAACAAAACCAAAUUUAUUUUCCAGACCCUGAGAGACUGGCCUUGAACUUGGUAUGUAGCUGAGGAUGACCUUGAACUCUUCACCCUCCUGCCUCCACCUGGGAGUGCUGGGAUGACAGGUGUGUGCCAUCCCACCCAGUUUCUAGGGUGCUUGGGAUGGAACCCAGGUCCUCACGCAUGCUACUAGAGAGCUCUCUGCCCCGGCACAUGUUUUCUUUCUGGUGCCCAGGCUAGGCCUGAGGCUAGCUAUCCUCCUGCCUCAGGCUUCCCCCGUGUGGGAAGGACAGGCACAGGGCACCAAAGCCUGAUCCUUUAGCCUG